AUGGUGCAAAAAGAAGCAGUAAAACAACAAAAAACAGGUGGUGGUAAAAAGGGUGGCAACUCGGAACCAAUCAAAACUUUAAAUACAGAAUCUAAUGGUAAUAACAGUGACCACAGAGAAGAAAUUAGAAAAGUUAGAGACGUUUAUCCACUUUGGUCCGAAGAUGAUAUUGUAAGUGCUUUACAACAAACAAAUUUCAACGUUGAAACUACAAUCCUUUAUAUCGUUGAAGGUCUUAUUAAAGAGACUCACGGUCACUGGGAGGAAGUCACAAAGAAGAAAGAAUCCAAACCAAAGAAUAAAGAUGAUAUCAACAGAAAUAACAUAAAGAAAGAAGAUAAAGGAAAGAUUAAAAAAGAUAUUAAAGAUGGCGAUAAAGAACAAUUACGUAAUAAAAUAAAUUCAAAUAAUAAUAUGAACAACAACAACAAUAACAACAAUAACAACAACAACAACAACAAUAAUAAUAAUAAUAAUAGUAAUUUUAAAAAUAAUAGAAUAAAUGGAUCCUCACCAAUGAAUAGAGGACCAAAUCAACAUGUUCAAAAGAGACAAUUAUCACCAACUGCUCCAAAACCAGUAGAUAUCGAUCAAUCAAUUCCAUCUUCAACCACAACUACAACUACACCAUCUACAGUACCAGCAGCCUCAACAGCAUCACCAGCAGAUCAAUCAAAUGUUCUUCACCCUAAUAUUACAGGUGGUAAAACUAUGGUUGAAAUUUUAAAAGAAAGUGAAAAUAAACGUAAACAACAACAAGAAGCAGCCAAACAAAAAGCUCAAACUGUUUCACAACCAUCAACAACAUCACCAACCACUACCACCACUACAAAUACAAAUAAUGCUACAUCUGCUUCAACUGCUGCUACAACUUCACCAUCAACUGCUACACCAACCACCACUGCCACCACAUCACCAUCAAUCACUGCACCAACUACUGCCACCACCUCCACCACCUCAUCACCAUCAACUACUACUGCUACCACCAACACUACCACCACCACUGCUGCACCAACCACCACAAAACCAACCACUACCACCAACUCAGCCCCAACCUUUUUAGAAGCAAUUAAUGCUGCCAGUCAACCAAAAUCAGCUGUUGUCGCACCAGUUGCCACUACAACAACUGCACCAGUUACUGCCACCGCAACCACUCCAGCUGUCGUUGCACCAACCACCACUGAAACUGCAACCCCAUCACCAACUGCUCCAGUUGCUGCAACCAAUGCUGUUGUCGUUGAAACUGCCACCACUCAAACCGCACCAGUUGUACCAGUACAACAACCAGCUGCUCCAGUUCAAUCAGCUACUGCCCCAGCUCAACAACCAGUUGCCCCAGUUCAACAACCAGCUGCCCCAGUUCAACAACCAGGUUCACCAGUUCAACAAGCUGUUUCAACUUCAACUGUUCAACAACCAGUUGCUGUUCCACAACAACAACAACAACAACAACAACAAACUGCACCAGUCACUACCACUACCUCACAACAACCAAGACAAAACUUUGGUUCUAAACCAGGUACAACUCAUGCAUGGAAACCAAAAGAUGCUGUCCCAUCAACCACUACCACCACUUCCACUCCAAAUCGUCAACCAUUCAAAACCAAUAAAAUGGGUGACACUCCAGUCGCUUUACCAGACUCUGUUUCAUUUGAUCCAAACUUUGAAGUUCAAUUUGGUAAAAGUACCACCGAAACCGUUGUUAUUGAAUCAACUACUGUUCAACAAACUGUUCAACCAAUUCAACAACAACCAAUAAUUGUUCCACAACAACCACAAGUUCAACAACAAGUUCAACAACAACCACAAGCUAUUACUCAACAACCACAACAAGUUCAACAACAAGUACCAAAACAACAAGUUAUUCCACAACAACAUCAACAACAACAACAACACCAACAACAACAAAUGCAUGGUCAUCAACAAAUUAAUAACAAUAUUCCACACUACCAAACUUUCCCAAUGAUGUCAAAUCAAAUUGGUGGUAUGCCAUCAAUGAAUCCAAUGGAUGGUCACAUGAUGUCAGAGAAUGACAUUCACCAACAAUAUGGUAACUACUUACAACAACCAUAUAUGGUACCAGUCCCAAGCUUCUUUGAUCAAGAAAACGACUUUAGAGUUAGACAACAAUUCUACGAUAACUCUUAUCAACCAAACUACAACAGAACCACUUCACCAGUUAACGAUAACACUGCCAACAAGCAAUUCAGAAAUAGUGGUAAUGCCAACCCAACCUACAGAGGACAACAACAACAACAACAACAACAAGUCCAAGUUCAACAAGACGGUAAAUUCCAACAACACCAAGACCCAACCAACAACCAAAAUCAACCAAGUUCACAAUCACCACCACUCCAACAAAACAACCAUGCACCAUUCAUGCCAUUCCAAUACCCACAAUAUCCAUACUACUAUCAUCAACAAGUCCAAUAUCCAUACUAUCAUAAACCAUACCAUAUGAAUGUUGGUCGUGGUUACCCACAACACCCACAACAAGGUUAUUCUGCCGAAGAACAAGACUUCAACAAAGGAAUGUACGGUUAUCCACAACAACAACAAAAUCAACAACAACAACCACAACAACAACAACAACCACAACAACCACAAUACUCCAACUUCCAAGAUCCAUCACAACAAAAACCACUUAACAAUCAAGGUAGUCCACAAUUAGCAGCUGGUUCACCAACCAAUCCAAAACAAAACACUUUUAACCCAACCCAUCAUCAAGUAAACUCUAUCCCACAAGUACAACAACAACAACAACAACAACAAGGUCAACAAUCUGACAUUUCAAAUCAAUACAAAGCAUAUGGUUCAAAUUAUUAUAACCAAUCACAAAAUUUUAUUCCAUCCCAUUUUCAACAAUUUCAACAAAAUCCCCAACAAAGAAAUAACUUUUAA